AAUCGUCGUAAGUGAAUGAAAAGGACGCGCCAAAUCCUUGUACGCGCCAUAUGUCAUUGUCUGUACACGAAACUAUGGCAUCUACGACGGCCUGCGACAACUGAAACACUUGCUGAGACGCCCAAACAGAUGCAUUGGUUAUGGUUUCUGUUCCUAAGCGCUGUUGGCGCAGCGGCCACGGCAGUAACCUUCGACGAGCUCCUCGAUGCUGAAUGGCAGCAUUUUAAAGCUCUCCAUGCGAAGAAAUACGACGACGCCGUAAUGGAUACAUUCCGUAAAAAGAUCUUUAUGCAGAAUUCGCACAUGAUCAUCAAGCACAACAUCCGUCACGCUAAAGGCGAAGUCUCGUACCGUCUCAGAAUGAACCAAUUUGGAGAUAUGCUCCACCAUGAGUUCACGUCGAAGAUGAACGGUUUGCUUCGGAUAAAUCGUACUCGCACAGGAUCGGCAUGGAUCGAACCCGAAUCUAUCACUCUACCACGCAGCAUCGAUUGGCGGAAAAAGGGCGCCGUCACUCCGGUUAAAAACCAGGGUCACUGUGGCUCGUGCUGGGCGUUUUCAACUACCGGUGCCCUCGAAGGUCAAAUUUUCCGUAAGACUCGCAAGCUUGUUUCCCUCUCAGAGCAGAACCUUAUCGAUUGCUCGUCUAAAUAUGGCAACCAUGGUUGCAAUGGCGGUCUCAUAGAUUUCGCAUUCGAGUACAUCAAGAGAAACAAAGGAAUCGACACCGAGAAAGCCUAUCCGUACGAAGGUAAGGAUGGCCUACCUUGCCGCUACACAGUGGAAAGCCGAGGAGGUGAGGACACCGGCUUCGUCGACAUCCCAUCCGGAAGCGAAGCUGCCCUUACCAAGGCUCUCGCCACUGUUGGUCCUAUCUCAGUAGCCAUUGACGCAUCACACGAAAGCUUCCAGUUCUACCAUAACGGAAUCUACAACCCGCCCGAUUGUGACAACGAAAAACUUGACCACGGUGUCCUGGCCGUCGGCUAUGGAACAACCGAUGACGGCGACGACUACUACAUCAUUAAAAAUUCGUGGGGAACGACCUGGGGUCAAGAUGGCUACAUCUUCAUGGCAAGGAACUCGGAAAAUGAGUGCGGCAUUGCUACUCAGGCUUCGUACCCACUUGUCUGAGAUGGCUUUGUAUGAUUUUCUAUACGAUAAAAUAAAAGACAGCGGCAAGACGUCGAUAAAAACAAAAAAAAACUUCAAAAAUAAUUAAGCAAAUUAAGAAUGUUAUGAAAAGAGCCUUUUUAAUUGCAUAUGAGAGAAUGACCAAUAAAUGAAUGAAGUCAAGUAUCUAAAAAAUUAGGAUAAAAAAAAAUUAGAGCUGGAGAUCAAAAAAAUGACAGUUGUCCGUGGCAAAAAAUUGAUCGAAAAGAUUACGAUUCGUGUAGUGCGGUAUUAAUUCUAAAAAAAA